AUGUUCUUUGCCGUCUGUAGAGGGAAAGUCAGCGAAGGGAUCGACUUUUCUGAUGCAGACUCCAGAGCUGUGUGCAUAGUUGGUAUACCCUACCCACCUCUUAUGGACGUCAGAAUCUGCUUAAAACGGUUAUAUAUCAAUGAAUUAGCAGCGGUUGACAAAAAGGCACAAUCAUCGGAUGAGUGGUACGUUACCGAGGGUUAUCGUGCUGUCAAUCAGGCAAUCGGACGUGUUAUCCGGCAUGUAAACGACUUUGGUAUCGUGGCAUUGUUGGAUGAAAGAUUUGCAAAAAUACGACACGAUUACUUUCCGUCGUGGCUCAGAGGAUCACUCAAAACCUUCGAUGGAGGAAAGGAUUUUUUGGCAGCCACUGGACAGUUUUUCAAAGCAAGAAAUGUUGACGUCAAGGCAUCUAAGAUUGUCCUGUCGCGUGAGAUACCAAACAAGAGCAAGGCCACUGUCAGAAAGCGUGGUAAUGCUGUACCAGCGAAUGUGGCGGUUAAGGAAGAAAGUGUUUUGGAUUAUGAGAUAUACUCGAAGAAACCUUCCUAUACGAUAAAGGCACCCGUCAAGAGAGAGGUGGAGGAAAAACCUGAUAGUCUGCUGUCAUUAUGCGACGAAGUUAAACCCCUGAGCAGUAGCACUGCUCCGGUUACUGAAAACUUUGAUGUUCACACUGUAACGGAUCAAGGGAGCAGCUUCAGUCAGGCUGCCGCUCAGCCAAUUCGGAAGAAGCUCAGAUUAACCCGCGGUCCGAGCAAUGUUGCUCAAUCGUCACGUGCCAGCCAAACAAUCAAAUUGCCACCUGAGUAUGAAGAAGCGAUGUACAUCACUCCUAAACAGUAUUUCUUGAUUUUAACCAAAAUCAAAAAGUGCAACGACGUUGCUGGUGUGAUGAAAGAAUUCGCAAAGGGGACCAAGUCUUUUGGUGAUAUACUGCAAACCCUAGAGGACAAACUUCUUCCAGAACAUCCAGAAGCCUUCCUUGGAGCUUGCUGUAUUAUCGAGAAACCUGAGCAGAAACAGCUACUGGUACAACGUGCUUUAACUCUGAAACUAAGCUUAUGAGCAGGGUCAAGCGUGGUGUCAGGCGCGUGAUCUGAGG